GUUCAGGUUACCCGGAGGCGGCGGCUGUGUUUGUUUUGGUUGAUGCUCGCAGCCCGGCUCUGAAGCAGAGUGACCCGCCAUGGCCAACCUCCCGCCCGGAGACCCCAAGCUGGUCUCUCAGAUUGUCAGUCACCUGAAGAGCCAGGGGCUGUUCGACCAGUUUCGCAGGGACUGCCUGGCAGAUGUGGAUACCAAGCCCGCAUACCAAAACCUACGACAACGAGUUGACAACUUUGUAACCAAUCAUUUGGCAAGCCACACAUGGAGUCCUCAUCUAAACAAGAACCAGUUAAGGAACAACAUCAGGCAGCAGGUGCUGAAGUCUGGAAUGCUAGAAUCUGGUAUUGAUCGUAUUAUUUCCCAGGUUGUGGAUCCAAAGAUCAACCACACAUUUAGGCCUCAGGUAGAAAAAGUUGUGCAAGAAUUUCUGGCUUCUUUAAAUAGCAAAGAAGAGGUGAAAGUAACUUUGGAUCAACAUGAAGAGCGGUUUGAAUCUUCCACCUUUGUACCAGGUACCGUGGCUACAGUUGGACCCAGCACCAGUGUAGCAAGUGAUGCAAUGUCCAUUUUGGAAACAAUAAGUUCUCUUAAUCAAGAAGCAACUGCUGCCCGUGCAUUUACUGAAACUACAAACCAUAAAAAUGAGAAGGCUGCCAAAAAGAUUCUUGCACAGCAAAGUAUCGAUGCUGGAUUUGAGAAAGAUCGCAGUUCAGAAGAACCCAAUGAGGCUGAGAAACCCAGAGACCCUGUAGUCUAUACAGAAGUACCUGAGCCACGUUUGAAGCAGGAAGAUUUGAAUGACGUUUCUGCUCUAGCCGAAGAAGUUAAAAUUUGUGUUUCUGAAACGGUCAGCUCAGCAGAGAGUAACGAUGCCCCUAAUGAAGCUGAGGAACAGAAACUUAAAGCUGUGGAAAAAAGUGAGAAGAAAAUAGACACUGUGGAAAAGACCGAACACAAGGAAGAGAAGAAGGAAUCCCGAUUGGAGAAAAGAAGUGAACAUCCCAAGAAAAGUGAUGAUGCUGUAAAACUAAAAGAAGAAGAAAAAUCAUUAAAAGAGCGAGAACACGAACCAGAACAAAUGAAACCUACAGCAUCCGAGAAAAGUAGCAGUAAGCAGAAGGCAACUGAUGGUUUAAAAGAAGAUUCUGUGUCAGUAGAUUCUGAUAUCGAUGCUUACUCUGACAUCACUGUGAGCUCUGUACACACAAGUGACUUAUCGUCAUUUGAGGAAGAAAGUGAUGAGGAAACUGCAGUUUCGGACAGCACUGAGGAAGGAGAAAUCACGUCUGAUGAUGAAGAAAAAGUAGAUGCCCAGAGCAAAUCCAAAUCUGAAACCGAUCAGAAUGAAGCAAAGCCGAAGACAACACGUCACUCCUAUGUGCAUAAACCAUUUCUAUAUUCUAAGUACUACAGUGAUUCUGAUGAUGAACUCACUGUAGAGCAACGUCGGCAGGCUGCUGCUAAAGAAAAAGAAGAGCGGUUAUUGAGAAGACAAUUAAAAAGGGAAAAACUGGAAGAAAAACGUAGACUAAAAGCCGUGGAAAAGAAAAAGGCAUUGAAAAUUAAGAGCCAAGGUAUUGAACAAAAAUCUAUCAAGAGUUCGACCCCAAAGACUGCAAGCAUAAAAGAGGUGCUGAAAGAGCAAAUGUUUUUAGAAAAGAAGGUUGCAUUGAGCAAGAAGAGAAAGAGAGACUCUAGGGCAGAGAAAACCAAUCUUAACCUAAAAGGGGACAUUGAUGAAGAUUCCAGAGAGUCCCAGAAAACGAGCGAGACCUCGGAUAAAACAAUUUCAUCCACAAAGGAAGCAAAGCCUCAUCCUCCAAGAAGUGAUCUCAACAAGCCCUCUAGAAAAUUGACGGAAUCAGAUGAUUCCAGAUCUGAAAGGGAACAUAGAAAGAAAACUCCUUUACAGACAGAGAGGACCCAACAGGACACUGAAACCAGAGAGUCAAAAAAGCUAGUGGAGAGACAUGACUCUGCUUCUGAAGAUCAACAAAAGCAAAAGAAUGUUGCCAAAUCUGACAAGCAUUUAAAGAGAGAGGUUAGUGAGAGUGAAAUGCAGAGCACAAAAAAUACUCCAAAGAAGGAUCCUAAAUUACAUAAGAUUGAGCGAGAAAGAUCAUUCUCUGAAGAUCGGCUAUCCUCCAGGCAUAGAUCAAAGUCAGAAAGUGUACAUAAAGGUCAUGAUGAUACUGACCAACAUAAAGCCAAGAGGAAAGAUGAUGAUAUUGUACAUAAACGCAGCCAAAGUAAAUCCAGUUCGGAAGAAAGGUCAGAUCGAAAAAGUAAGCCCAAAAGUGAUGGAAAGUCAACCACACACAGCAAAGAGGAUAGAACUACUUCAACUGAACAUAAAUAUGAUGACAAUUCUCAUAAAGAUAGCUGUAAACGUGAGAGACAUCAGUCCUCUGAUAAAUCAAAGUCUGAACACCGGUAUAAACGGUCACUCAGUGAUUCCAGACAACACAGAGACUCACAGAAUUCUGCAAGACCGCAUAGUACUUCUCAAAGAAAAUCCAAGUCUCAGGCAGAGGACAAAAAUGAGGCAGAGUCAGCCAACUCUGAUAGCAAUUCAAAGUUUGAGGAUGGGAUUAACAAGGAUAAGAGACGAACACCAAGCACAGAUGAGAGGGUGUCAUCCAAAGCACAAAUUAAAAACAGCAAAUCCGUAAAAAAGAAUGACCAAGAGGAUGCAACCCAGAAGACUGAGAAAGAUAAAAACUAUGUGGGAAGCUCUUUGGAAAAGCAUCGGAAAUUGAAAUCUGAUGACAAGGACAGUGAAAAUAGAAUGGACAGUAGUAUAGCACAGACAUCAAAUAGUUUAGCAAAAGAAAGUAGUCAUAAAUCUAAACAUUCAGGGGAAAAACCGAAGGAAAGAUCACAAAGUGAGCACAGAGAACAUCCUCACUCGAAAUUUGAUAAAAAAUAUUUAGGUGAAAAUGAUAAAAGUUCAAACUCAAGGCAAAGCCAGAAGGACAUAAAACGGAAAGAUGAUGGCCGGAAGUGUGAAGAUAAGCAAAGGAAGUCUGUAGAUGAUAAAAGGUCCCAAGAACGAGACAGCAGCUUAGAUAUUAAAUCAAGUAAGAAGGCAGGUUUGGAAGUGAAAGGAGAAACCUCCAAAUCUAGUGCAACUAAAAAAUCGUCAAAUUUGGAGCAUGAAAAUGAUGGUGCUGACUCUGCUGGAGAGAGAGGCAAGGUUAGCACUAGUUCUUUUACUAUAGAGUCAAAAGAAGAAAUUAAUUCUUCUAAUGCCGUGCGACUCACUGAGAGUGCAAAAUCUAGACCAACAGUAGUGGUUGAGUUAAAGGAAGUCUCUGAACCAGUGACCACAGACUCUGUAUCUGCAUCGGAUUCUCCAGCCUUAAACCUCAGGUCAGAAACUAGUAAAGAACUUUCUUUAAAAUCCAAGUCAAAACAAGGUGUCACUGAGCCCAAGACUGUGAAGUUGAGCAGUGCUUCCCGGAAUGUUUCCCCCAUUAUACCUACAUUGGAUUUCCAUGCAACUAAAAACCUCAUUACAUUGACACUACCUUCAGAUAAUGCUAGGAAGAGAAUGCCGGGUUCUAACACAGCUGGGAGUGCAAGUGACAGUGCAAAUAACUCCAAGAAUUCUCUUAAGAAAAGCAGGAGUGCUGUUCAUAACCAAGCAGAUACACCUGUUUCUCAGACCAGUGGCGAUGAACAGCAAGAUCCUGUUCAAGAACCAAGUGGUAGUGGUUGUUCUAGACCAUAUUCUGUUGCAGUAUUACCAGAACUUACGGUUUUAAACGACAGUGAGAUUUCCACUAGUGAUAACGCAAAUCAAGAGGAAAAACAUGUUCAAGAACAACUUGACAUUAGCGAAAGUUCUGGUUCAAAGCCAAAGCUUCCAGCGGAAAUUUUGGAAUUGGAUAAUACAGUAACCGGGAAUGAUGUUGAGGAGGGUUCAGUUACGGAUAUGGAUGUAGCAGUGACUGAAAAUAAUGAAAAUGUUACAGAUUUUGAUGCAGAAGGAAGAGCUUUACUUGGUGCUACAUGUAAUGAAGGAAGUGUGCAGAGCAGUAUUCUGGAAACCAAUACAGAAGAAACAAGUGGUAUUUCCCUUACGUAUUCAAAAACCAAUGUCCCCUCUUCACGCACUACGGAGGACAUAAAUAGAGUAGAUUGUGAAGAUGCUGCAACGUCAUCAAGUACAGGUGUGAAUGCUGCCACGUCGUCUUACACUCCAGUGGCUAACAGUAGAACAGACAAUACUAACAGUGACAAUGUCAUGGGGAGGGUAGAUAACCUUAAGGAAUUUACUGCAUCAACUUCAGCUGAUGUUGAAAAUUUUUAUGAAGAUGCAGAUGCCACAAUGUUGUCAGACAAUAGCUUUGAAGAUGCAACUACUUCAUCAUCUACUUACAAGACAAACCGCAUUCAUGGGGACUUCUCAGAUGUUCCACUUUCCUCAGAAAAGUGUAGGGAAAAUACUGCAACUUCCUCUCAGAAUGUAACUGAUGUAUCACCAGAAGAUGAGGGACCAUCGGGCAGUAGUACACUGAGCACGGCAACCUCUUCCUUUGUCAACCGAGCAUCUUCAGGCAUCUCCCAGGAUAAUGCAGCAACUUCUUCAGACUCUAAUACUAGUGCUCUUGGUGUAUCGGAAAAUGUUAUCACCCGUGUGGCUACCUCUUCAGACAACACAGCUGAGAGUGACAGUGCUAUAAAUGUUCCAGAAAAUGGCAUAAUGCAUGCAACCUCUUCUGACAGCAUAGCAGAAAGUGAUGCAGUUCAAAGUGCAUCGGAAAAUGUAAUUUCACAUUCUGCCACCUCUUCGGACAGCGCAUCGGAAAGUGAUGAUGGCGCACCAAGAGUAUCUGAAAAUGUAAUUUCUCACGCAGCAACAUCUUCAAGUAGUGUAGUUAAUAGUAGUAGGGGACUGAACACUGACGUUUCUGUGGCUUCUUCAGAAACCGAUAAUGAAAAUACAGCUGCUUCAUCUAGUAACUUUAUGGAUAGUAUUAUGUCCAAUUCCAUGGUGUGGCAUAAACAUUCAUCUGAAAGAGAUGAGAAUGCUGCAAGCUCAUCAAGCUCUGUGCCAAGAAAUGGAGGAACGGAGCAUAAAAAUCUCAAUUUUGCAAAUGUUGAAGAUAGCAAAAAUGCCAGUGCUACCUCCAGCACACAGCAUGAUGGAUCAUUUGAUGAUAGGUGUAUGGAGGUUAUGUCUUCAGGAACUUUAAAGGAAUAUCCUGUAAAUUCAUCUGAUAUUGGGAUGGACAGCAGUACCGAACCAUCAAUUUCUAUUACGAGGGGCAUGUAUUCUGGGAAUGCUUCAAGCUGUUCAAGUAGUGGAAGAGCCCAAAGCCAGGAUGAUGAGAGAGAGUUUGAUCAUGAAAAAUCUAAAGAAAAUAACACUGCGUCAUCAAGUAGUGUAAUCAAUAUUGCGGGCUCCGCAGUUCCUUGCCGAAAUGGUAGCGAUGAAGCUGCCUCGUCAUCAUCCAGCUCUUAUAUGGACAGUCACACAUUGCUUGCAAUGGAUAAUGCAACUGUGGGGUCUGAAAACACUGAAGCUACAGCAUCUUCAAGCUUUUCAAUGAACAGCAGUACUCAACGAGUAGAUAUAAGUUCAUUAGGCUGUCCAGGUAACAGCAGUGAUAAUGCUGCCUCUUCAUCUAGCAAUUCAAGAGGUUUUGGAGCUACAGAUGUCCAUGAAACCCAUCUUAUCAACAAUACACAUGCUACAACCUCUUCAAACAUCACUAUGGACAGUAGCACAGAAGAGGAUAUGGACUUGAGAUGUGUGAGAAACCCUGAAAACAGGUCAAAUACAGCAACAUCUUCGAGCACUUUAAAUCCUAUGGAAUUAAAUGUUGGUAUUUCUGAAAAGGAUAUUGGAGUAUCCGCUUCUUCAAGUAGUGUAGCAGGAAAUAGUUCAAAUGAAAACCACAAUGUUGUACUUUCACCAGAAAAGGUGACUGAGAAUGCAGCCACUUCUAGUGACAUGAUGGACAGCAGUACAGAAAACAAUAACUGUAGUGUGCUUUCCAACAAUACGGUUUGUGCAACUACCUCUACCAGUAACAGCAGUGAAAUGGACGCUGAUAAAGAUAUGGAUGGAAGUUUUAGUGUUUGUUGUGAAAUUAAUAGUGAAGCUACAGCAGCGUCAUCAAGCAAUACCAUGGACAACACUGUAGACAAUGCAACCUCAUCAAAUUAUAUGAUGCACAGUAGACCUGAAAGAGAAAAUGUGUCACAGACCACAUGUCUAGAUAAGAAUGAGGAAGCAGCCAGUUCUUCGGGUCUGUUCAGUGGUGUUCAAUUGCAGGAGGCUAGAAGUAAAGAAUUGAUAGUAAGUGAAACUAUUGAGGGUGCCACUAGCUCUGAAAGACCUAGUGAACUAGUUGGAGGUUCUAGAAUGACUGAUGGAGGCAGAAAUGAAAAUAAUGAAACCGGAUAUAAUAUUGUAGAGGGAGCAGCACAGUCAAGUUUAGCAGCCUCUCGGAGUAGCAAUGCUUCCAUCACAGUUACAUCAGAAGAAGCUCUCCAUUUAGCUCCAAGCACCAAUGUUGAUGCUGAGCUUGUGAUAAAUUCUGACCGUACCAAUAAUGUAAGAAGAGAUGAAAAAGAGGAUGCUGUAAGUAGUGCCAGUUCGGAAGAACAAAAGAUUUGCAGUAAUAAUUCAAGACCAGACAGUGGAGAAACUGAUGGUGCGGUUACCAGCGUAGGCACAGAAGUAAGUGAAUCAUCUAUGAUAAAUGAAAAUUGUGAGGCAUUUGGUCAUGUCACCUUUGUACACUUAAGUGGUCUCGAUGUUGGCCACAUGGAUGAUAGUUGCCCUGAGGAGGAUACACCUGUUUCUCAUAAUAGUAAUGUAGAUGUAAAUGAAAGCAGCGUUUCUGAAACUAAUGUAGACAACAGAGUUGCUGAGGAGUCAGAGAGUGGUCUUUCCCUAGAAAAUAGGCAUGAAACUGAAGCGAAUCUAGAUGCUGAACCUGAUCCUGAAAGGCUAAUUAAUGAUACUAUAGUAGAAGAAGGUGAAGGGGCUGUAACUAGCACAGGCAUUACAGAAGAAAACUACGUUGAUAAACUGAGACGAGGCUUGAGAGAAAGUGACAGUUCUUGCUCUUGCACAGAAAUUGACAGAGUUAAUGUCCUGAACCGGCAAGAAACUAGAGAUCUUAAUGCCGUGACAGAAGAUGAUGAAAGUGCAAUAACAAGUACCGGAGCAAAAGAAGACGAAGAUGAUGGCGAGGGUUUUGUAACCAGCACUGGAACAGCAAGCGAGGACUCUUCUUUCUCAACAGGAACAGAGGAAAAUUCAAAUAGUGGUUUGAAGCUUACCAUUGAAAAGGGGAGUGAAAAUGUUUCUGUUUACAACAAAACUGUAAAGAAAGAAAUGCAUAUAGACCAGUCUGGCUCUGAAGAAACCACACAAAGCAUAAGUUUAACAAGUGACCAAGAACUGUUGCCGAAUAAGGGAAGUAUUAAAAGCACAGAAGAAAUGGACAUCGUUAGUGCUCCUGGAGUAAACUCUGUAGAUGAAACAGAUACCAUUUCUGAGCAGUGUCAAAUCCACACGGGGCAGGCUUUGGAUACCUGUGUUUCUGAGCAUGCAGAAAGUCAACCCGAAAACGAGCAAGUGACUGAGCCGGUAAACACCUUGACACAAGAUGAGGUGCCUGCAGAGCAUGAACAAACGUUAACUAAUGAAGAUAGCUUGUCCAGUGAGCGUAGUUCAGUGGAUGUGGUUUCACAUUCAGGAAAGAUUGGAGUCAACCGUGGCAUUCAAGAUUCCGAAAAUGUUAACAGUGGGCAAUCAAAUUCCGAAAACUAUAUACCAGGGUUAGAAGGUACCACAGCAGUCGGUGAGCCAGUUUCUAGUCAACCUGCUAAUGAUGCACGUAGCAAUACUCCUAAAUCGGAAAGGCAGUCCAGCAGUGAAGUUCAAGAAGAUGGAAGUGUGGUCACUGUUGCAGACAUGGAUGGUACUUCUACAACUGCCAUUGAAGGAAUACUGGGAGAAUCAAGUAGCAAGAAAACUGAAGAUAAAGAGAAAAAGGAGGACAGCAGCAUUGAAAGUCGAACAGAAGGCAUUUGUCAUGCAGUACUUAGAGACAAAGAUCCAACACCUGCGCAAAAUCCAAUUGUCGAUUUGUCUACACCUUCAGAAGAGACCAGUUAUGAAACCUCAUAUAUAAGGAAUUUGCAGGAGCCAAAUUCAGAGGUUGCAAAUGAGGAAAUGGAUGUAAGCCUACGGAGUAAUGAGUGCAAAGAAGAAUCGGAAGCAGCUGAGCCUAAUAAUACUUCUAGCAGUAUUGAGAAGGAAGGUGAUUCCAAUGUGGGCGAGGAAGUUAAUUUCAAACCCGUGAAGUCACAACAAAUAAAUAGCCAAGAGACACCUGCAAUAUCUGAAGGUGAAAGCGCACCCACCGUAAAAGAACUGUGUGAAUCUUCUGCGCAAGAGGUGGAUCAUAAAGAUGAAGAAAGGACUUUUGAAACGAUACAACCUGAGUCCAUUCCCUUGAUUGAGCCUGCUAAGCAGGACACAGAGCCACAGAGUUCAGAAGAAAAUGAAGAAUCUAUUUCUGUAAAGGCUAAGAAAUCUACAGGGCGCAAACCACUUGUCAAAGUAAAAGAUGAAGGAGCAAAAGUAAAUGAAGAAAUAGAAAAGAAAAGCUCUCCCAAUUUGAAAACUGAUGAGGGAAGUGAGCAUAAAACUGAACAGGAUAAAAGAAAAAGAGGCAGACCUCCCAAGAAGCGCAAACUUUCUGAAACCCUUAGUACUGAGUCCACAUUCAAGAAUAAAGGUUCAUCAGAAGAAAGCAGCCCGGAGGACCAAGAUAAGCAUCAGGAGAACACAAAUGGAAGUAAAGCUACAUCUGAUUCGGAGAAAGCAGAGAAAUCUGAUCUGGAUGGUACUGAAAAAAAUGCAGAGCCCAUACGCCGAAGAGGAAGGAAGCCUAAAUCAUCAAUUAGUUCUUCAGAAACUGAGAGUUCAGAACCUGAAAAGAAGCGCAGAAAAUCACAAUCUGAUGAAGAGGAGCAAAACAAAGAAGAGUCUGAAGAGGAAGAUGAAGAUGAGGACGAGCAUAAAGGUGCUACCACAAGAGCAGCAUCUCGCCUAGAAGCUCAGAGGAAACUUCCACACAAACCAACAACACGAGCAGCAUCAAAACUGGGCAGUCCUGAGCCACCGACGUCAAAAGACAGAAGACGCAAGGAGAAAUCCUCUGAAUCUCCAUCUAACCGAACAACAAAUCUAAAAUCAAAGACACCACAAGCACAUGGAGCAAAGAGAAGAAGAGAAGCAAGUCCUCUGCCGGUACGCACUCGAGGCCAGCAAUCAGCAGAGGAUGUACCGGCCAAGCGAAUCAAGCGCCAUUGAUUUUGUUCUCAUAGAGGAAGAGAUUUUGCUGUUUUUCAUAAAAAUGCAUAAGUAAAAAUAAUUUUUUUUAUUAUAAGUUAAUAUUCUGUAUAAAAUGUAUGUUUAAAAAACAAAAGGUGCUUAGAAUGUACAAAUAAAAAAAUGGAUUUCCUUCAUGAAUGAUCUUCAUCUUUCAAAUUCCAUUUCGCACUCUGUAGAAUGCUAGACUCGAUUACCAAUUUCUAGGUUGUCAAAACACUCGACAUGUUACUGCAAUAUGCUGUAAAUAGAUAUGUAUUAUAGUUAUCAUUAUUGAAUACGAUUGAUAAGUGUCAUUACUGAAUAUCCAUACACAUCUGAAAAUCCUGAAAUCAAAUCCAGCCUAUGUAUCAUAUUGCUGAAGAUUCAUUCUCCUUGUUUUCAAAGUUGACAAAAGAGCAAAAACACUCACACUCACACACUCACACACACACUAUGGUACGUGAUAAACUAGGUUUUGAGAGUGUAGAUAAUUUUACCAACCAUUUUAUUUUCAGAAUUUUCAAACAAAGUAACUUUAUAAUUUCCUUGAAUUAUAAACUGUACAUAUACAAUAACGCAUUUCUUAAAAAAAGUUGGUGUUUUUGUUGUUGUUUUUUUUAAUUAUAAUUAUCGAACAGCAAGUUGGUAGACAUAGACACAUUGAACACUGAUGUAGCCAAUAUAUUUAUGCUGAGUAGCUUAUGUGCUUGUCUUAUUCAUUCAGGAGUAGGUUGCAUUUGUAAAUAUUUUCAGAGUGCAUUCUUUCCCCCCCCACCCCCAGCAAAAAGGUCUUGUAUAGUUUCUCUUCUUAUGUAAUAUUGUGCAAACCGUUCUGAAUCGAUAUGUUUAUCAGCUAAAACAUCUGCAGGAGUACAACCUACGAUUCCAGUGUUACAGUUCUCCUUGCCUUCAUGUUGCCAAUCCACGCAAGUCUUUAUACCAUUGCAUUAUUCGUUGCCUUCUGUUUUUAUAAUUUAUAAUAUGCUUUGUAUGUUGUAUAUUUUUAUUUGUUGCACAGUCAAUAUUUUUGUGAAACAUCUUUGUUUCUUACUGAUAUUUUCUACAUAAAUUCUAAAAAGGAUCCAAAACAACCUGUGUAUAUGUGUAUUGUAUGUAAAUAUUAUAUAUCACUUCCAGUCAGAUUGCAUUGCCAAGUAUUCAUAUAAUUUUUCCCCCUUGUUAACGAACAAUGAUCAUUUGAAAAAAAAAAUCACAUGUAUUCUCUUAUUUUUGUGUGGUUUCUUUUAUACAUAUAAAAAAGUGUGUAUGUGCUAUCCCACUGGGAUGAUCACAAACAAUGGACGUGUAGACGAAAGCGAAAUUUGAGCAGACUAAGUAUCUUUGACAAUAAUAUGGGUGGAUUUGAACAUAAAUGUUUAGCCUGUAGAGUGAAUAGCGAUUAUUUUUAUAGUGGAAAAUCCUGUUCUGAAAUGCAUAUUAGAUGCACAAUUUUUUAAGAAUUUAGAAAGUAAUUGCAAGCAACGGAGAAGCAGAGAAACAUGUUGGUUAUUUAACCAUGCCAGUCACCCUACCUUAUAAUCAGGUGUGCUACAGUAGCUAUCUGUAUGGAGGUUUAUAUGUAAUACCUCGAUGUGAGCCAUAAAAGUUGUAGCUUACAUUUGGUAUUUUAGAUGGCUAACAUAUUUAGUCCUGACUUUGUUUACUUGAUGUUAACAAAGUGUAUGGUGCCCGAGCUGAGCAAUUUCAAAUAACAGCCAAUUAAAGUAUAGUUAUCCUCGUUCUACGAGCUGGUGAGGAUAAAAGUAAACCAAUCAUCACUGAAAACUCAACUAAAAUAAGAUACAGGAUAUCAAGAUAGUCAACGCAACAAAAUUAAAUGUGUAUAUAAAACUAAAAAUCAUAGACGGGACUAUGUAUACUGUUGCAAAAGCAGAAUAUGCUGUAUUUGGCAUAAUCUGUGUGACCGUGUUACCUGUACUGAGGCAGUGUGUUACAUAUUACCAGAGGAUACACAUGAUAUGUUACGGCUGAGACUGCAAGUAUUCAGUUUAAUAAUGUUCGGGUAUAAAAGGUAAAAGUUAUAUGCUCCAAAAAUGGGUCAGUUAAUAUUUAGCAAAGGUUUAUUCCAAGCAAUGUAUACAUCAGCUGGUCCUUGAAUAAAGGCCUUCAGUGAGAUUGAGCCUUCAUUUGUACAAUACGCGAGUCCAAUUCAGGACAUUAUUAUUCUCUAUGCUGUGGCAUUGUAUCUAUGAUGGUAGAAGUAUUAGAAUAUGGACAGCCUCGGGUACUUUCAGUCUAUUAACUGGUGCACAACUUGAAACAUUUCAUUGGCGCGCUUAGAAGUCUGGAUGGCAUGCACAAAUCAGGAUUAAGUUGUGAAUGUAUUCUCUAUGGAAUCAGCAGGAGUGGUAUUAAUAUGUAAUCUGAAGACAGCAGCUUGUUCAACUAUUUAUUGCUUGAUGCUGGUACACAUUACCCAUGCACUAUUUCUUCGCUUACUCUGUAGUUUCUUAACCCCUUAAGGACACAUGACGUGUGUGACACGUCAUGAUUCCCUUUUAUUCCAGAAGUUUGGUCCUUAAGGGGUUAAAAGGGCCCUCUAAGCGAUUAUAGUGCUGGUAGUUCCCUGAUGCCCUCCCACUGUUAAGAUUCAACGUGUUUUCAAACGUGUUAGACACCCUAACCAUGGGACCCCCAGGCACCCUCGAUGCAGUCACUCUUCUCAUUAAUUCCAUUUGUUUGGAUGGAAUUCAUUGGCUGAUGGUGUCAAUAAAUUCCAUAUAAAUGUGGAAGAAAUUGAUAUUGGUAAAGCAGAAGGGGCAUUUACACUUUAGACCGAUCUCUGCAGAGUGGCUGGACUGCAGUUUCACAAGAGACCCAUGUAGGGGUCAAAGUUUAA